AUGGAAGAGGCGGGCUCCGCUUCCAGUGGUGCUACUAGCACCAGUGAUUACGAGGUGCUGUCUCAGCACCUCUGGGAUCUUCAGUUGGAAGUUAACACCUUGCGAGCUCAGCUGCUUCUGUUGCAAGAACAGGUUCAGGAGUUGCAGGCAUCGCACCGCCAAUCCGCAGUGCGCCUUACCUGGAUCGAGCAGGGGUGUGUCCGCUUAGCCUCUUUCAUCAUGUCACACGACAGUGUUAUCGAUGAUGCAGACAUCGACCGCUUGUUGCUGCAUGCGCGCACCAGUGGCAUCGUGGACACUUUGCCCAGGCUCCCCUGGGAUUCUGCAGACCCAGCCCCUGAGGAGGUCGGUGAGCAGGCUGCUCAGUGCUUGAUUGCAGAGGGCCUCUUUGAAGCUGUGAACUUUGCACAUCAUGUUAUGGGCAUGCCGUUUUGCAAAGAGAUCCUUGAGGACCGCAGGUUGCAGGGCCGUGCCAAGAGGCUUGAGGGCGAACGAGCAGAGGUGAAACAGCAGGAUCCUCUCACCGUGGAGUGUGUUGCAAAACUGGAGAAGCUUGUGGCCAGCAACUCUUUGUGUGAUGCAGACACUUAUGUGCUGGGUGGGAUUGUCUUCUGUCUGAAAAGCCGCUCGAGGUGGUCCGAUCUUAGAAAUCUCAUGUGUAUAUGGGUGGACUUUGAGAGCGACGACCAGCAGUCUGGAUUUGUAGAAGCGAGGACCCGUGAUCACAAGACCAGCAAUACAGUCAAGACGAAGAGGCGUGCGAUGCCUCUGGUGGCCCCGUUUCCCCGGGUCACUGAUGCCAACUGGGUGAAAGCCUGGUGGAAUGCCGGGCUGCGUCUCGGUGUGCAGUGGGAUGCAGAGCCCUUUGGGCCUCUGGUCCGUGCCCCAGAUGCCGAGGGCCAGCUGUGCAAGAGACGGUGCACUUCAAGCGAAGCCGGUGUGAUGUUGUGCAAUGCCUUGGACCUGGAUGGAGACCAGAGGCGUACGUCGCAUGUCUUGAAGGGUACGACUCUAGCUUGGGUGGGCAAGCGAGGCUUCGGAGAGCGGGAUAGCCUUCUUCUUGGCGGUGCCUUCGGCCUUGGUGCACAGCUAGGGCAUGAGCCAGUUGAUGUGGGGCAUCAGACAGAAGUACCAGGAGAGCUUGAACAUUAUUAUGCGAACAAUUUGCCUCCAGACUUACCGGAUUCCUCACGGCCAAGCGAGCUAGGUCGUGAUGAUGGCUCCUGGGAUCAUGUUGAGCAACCUAUGCCCGAUGCUGGGGAGCAGGGACUCGAAUCUGGGAGUGAGGCGCUCUUUCCUGAAUUGUUUGGGGACAGUGCGCGGGACACGCAGUGCGAGCGUGCAGGCUUGACAGCCCCGUGGGUCACCGCCUUGAAAGAAUCAGGGAUCACGACCUUAGGGAAACUUAGCUAUGCUGUGACGCUUCCGGGGAAUCAACCUUCGAGUGAUGACAUGGAUGCUUUCAUCUUGACCCUCCGGCCGGGAGCCAGAAUCACCUUAGGGGACAGCUCCGCUUUGAAGCAGCUCAUCUUUGAAUCUCAGACCAUGACUGUGGCUGAGCUGAGAUCUUCGAUGCAGGCUACAGACGAGGUGCCAAGGAAACUGCCGGCGUCGGAGCGUUCCAUGCGCAUUGAUGCUCAGAAGCGUCGUCUGUCAGGAUUGCCACUGGAGGGCCCUCUCGCAGUCGCUCAUUGUGUGUAUGACAGGUUAGCAACCAUGCGUGAGAAUGAUGAAUUGAAGUAUCUGGCCCCCAAUGAGUGCAUCACUCGUGAUGAGGAGCUUUGUUGUGAGAAGCUUCCCAAAGCCUUGCACCUUGAUGCAAGUAAGACGGGGUUAGUGUUGAAAGAUGAAGAGGCAACGGCUGCCAUCUCUCUUGAUAGCGACCUGUCCCUGUAUCAAGCAAUGAUGAGGCGUGCCUUAGCUAUGGACUUAGUGGGCCUCGCAUCUUAUGCUUGUGUGCAGAAGUGGAAUGAGCGCCUUUUCCGCAUCAUGAGCCAGGACCCACCUCCCGAGUUUCAGCGUGUCUCCCGUGCGCAAGUGCUGCGAGCUGACCGGCAGUGUUUCCUGGAGCUUGCUCGUGUGUGCAAUGGAAACUUGAAACCUGGUCCUGAUGGGUCCCUCCCCUUAGAUAAGGAGUUUGAGAGGCUUGAGUUCAACACUACUGUGAUGUACUUCUUGUUGCCUGUGAAAGGCCGGGGCAGGGGAGGAGGCAAGGCUGAUAAGGAUGGUAAGGGUCGUAAACGCACGAAGACCACAAAUGAUGGUGAGAGCCCGAACAAGAAAGCCAAGAUCACGCGCGACCCGAUUCCCGAAGUUCUCAAGGGUAUGCACUCGAGAACACCAGACAACAAACCGAUCUGCUUCAACUUCAACUUGGGCAAGUGCAAGGGGACGUGCACGGGCGAUGUGAUUGCAUGUGCAGUGCCCGAGUGUCAGGGAUCGUCCGUGCACUUAGCGAAGCCGGUUAAGGCGUGCCAGCUUGUGUGGUUGUCUCCGAACGGUGUUACCCAGCUCUUUUGCGAUUGGCAGAGGGUGCUCUCAAGCUUCCGCGGUGAUAUCCAGUGUGAAGUGGCAAGGUGCAUUUACAUUUUUGCUCAGCUCAUCAAGCACUGUGCUGAUACGGAUACCAUGUGGACCAUCGAAGCGCCCUCGCGCUCGCCCUUUUGGAAGACUUCGCUGGGUCUUGAGGUGUCUUCUUCUGCUGUUGAGGUCGACUUGAGCCGCUACGCCCCCGGUGCACGGGGUCGCAUCAAGUUUGCAUCCUCGUGCCCUCGAGUUCUGUCUGCCAUUUCCCCGCCUGUGGUGCAGCCUCCGCUUGUCAAAGCCAGCUUGGAGGCAGCUAUGGGACGCAUGUAUCGGGCUUUGGCCCUCGUCAUGCUUGAACACCUUGAUGUAGAUGCUUCAAGCUUACCACCUUUGUUUGCAGCUCAGGUUGGCACAGGUAAGCAGCCUCGCAAGCCUCUGCUUGCGCCAGUGCCAGAGUUCAAAUACUUCGUUCGUGUGACCUUGAGUGCAGUGCCCAUAUUGGAUAACAAGCGCCGGCUUCUUCAGCCCUUGCGUGUGCAUGAUGUGGUUGUGCCUGCUGGAGCCAAGCUGCUCCCCCCUCUUUACUUCACCGCUGCUGAGUCUGUGAAGGGGGUGUGUCUGCCAGUCAGCGGUGACAAAUCUUCCGAGACACUGUUGGCCGCUGGUAGCAGGGCUGCCGCGAUGACCGUGACCAGUGAAGCUGAAGCGCUAGCGGCGGACUUGUGCGACACUCCUACGCAAGCACAGCUGCUGCAGGUUUUCGACAUGUUACCAGCAGAAACUCCAGCAAGGGGUGUCAAGGACGCGCGGGAGAAGGCCUGGUCUGCUGGUGCCUACUCCCAGGGUACUUUGUGUGGCUUACGAAAGAACACCAAGCUUUUUCCGAAUGCCGUUCGGUUAGCUGUGAGGCUCUUGCGUUCCCGCUUUCCUCACGCCACGUUCGCCACGGUGGCAAUAUACUCCAAUGUGUGCACUCCGAUGCAUCGGGAUGCCAAUAACUUGGAUGGGAGUUCCAACUAUGUGAUGGCCUUGGCAGACUUUGCUAAAGGGGGCAUUUGGGUACAGGAUGAUGAGGGUCAGCAUGUAAGGGCCACGCCCCUUGGAAAGGCUACUGGUCGUGUCCUGCAAGUGUGCGACAACCCACAUUGCUUUCACUGCACUUUGCCUUGGGAGGGCUCUAGAGUCGUGUUGAUCGGAUUCACACCCAAUCGGGUCGGUUCUCUAAAGAAGGAUGAUGUGCGAGUCUUACGGGACUUAGGUUUUCCUUUGCCUGGCCACCCUACGCCGGUCUCUUGUGCAACAACGACGUGCCCCCCGGAUCACCAGACCGAGAGUGGGGAAACUGAUCCUGUGGCCAUGCCUGUGCAGCCGACUUUGGUCACCUGUUCGGCGGCAACGUGCCCUCCUGACCAGCCGUGCAAGAGUGGGGAUACUGAGCCUGUAGCCGGGCCUGUGCAGCAGACUCAUCAUGCAACCUUUGGGGUUCCCUUUGAUGAGAGUGAGUUCGUGCGCGCUGCUGUGCGAGCAGGGCAUCCCAGCUCUUCACUUUCCUCACUGCCGGACCACCUUGAGUCGUGCGUGGAUAUGCUUGCUAAGGCUCCGCCACAUGCUGUGGUAGACAAGAGGAGGAGAUGGCUUGACAAGUGGACCACACGGGCGUGUGAAAUUGAACGUGACCCAGAUCCUUCGUGGGACAUCGAUGACCCGCACAUGAAACGUGUCCUUUGCAAAAAGCGUCUGCAGCUGCUUGACGAAAUCAUUGCCGCCGAGGGCUAUGAUGAUGUAAACCUUGCUAGGGAUAUCUGGUCGGGCUUCGACUUAGUGGGUACUUCGCCUGUGUCCAAUGUUCUGCCGGGAAAGGUUACUCCGGCCUCAUUGCAUCCCGAUGACCUGUGUGCUGCAGCCCCUCGGGCCAAUGAGGCGCUCAAGGUCUCCUUGGGCUCCUCCGGUGAUAGGGAGAAGGACAUCUUGUUGUGGGAAAAGACGAUGAAAGAGGUUGACUCAGGCUGGCUCCUGGGACCUUUCGAAUGGGACUCUUUGCCGCAGGAGCAUGUUGUAUCCCACAGAUUCCCUCUGCUGCAGAGUGGAAAGCUGCGUCCCAUCGACGACUACAGCAGGAGCGGUGUAAACUCUUGUGUGACGACUUUGGAACAGCCCACUGUGGAUACUGCAGAUGUGGCAGCUGCUAUGUUCGUCAGGUUGUGCACGAAGCUUCGCGAUUCUAAGAAACCCUCAUGGAUCAAGGGUCGUGCCUUCGACUUGACGGCCGCUUACCGCCAAUUGUGCGUAGCCUUGAGCUCGCGCCGCUUUGCUGUCAUUGCGGUAUAUGACCCACACAAGCAAAAGACCAUGCUAUUCACUCAGGUAUGCCUCCCCUUUGGAUCGCGGGCUUCAGUGAAUGGCUUCAUCAGGUGUUCCAGGUGCAUCCAAUGGCUUGCCAAUCGUUGCUUGCUUGUGCCCACUACCUCUUACUAUGAUGAUUUCAUUGUCGCCUCACCCGAUUGUCUUGCCGACAACACGGGCAAGUGUCUGCGCUGGGAUCGCUUUGACUUGGAGAAUACCGGCGACUGCGUGGUCACUGUUGACAACACGGAGAAACGUAAAGGCGACAUUCGUGCUCUUGUGACCCGCAUCCUUGAUGAAGGUGUGUUGCCUUACAAAGAAGGUCUUGAGCUGAGAGGCAAGCUCUCCUUUGCGAAUUCUCAAGUCAUGGGGAAAGCGGGGCAUUACGCUCUCAAGCACAUCAGUUCCCAUGUUCAUGCCUGGCCUUUUGUUCCCAAGCUAUCCGAUCCCGCUCGGGAAGCUCUUAGUUUUCUACUUGAUCGUGUGUUGCAUGGGUCCCCGAGGCGCAUCACCAGAUCCUUGGGGCAGCCUUGGUUUGUCUUCACAGAUGCAAGCUUUGAGCCUGACUUCACCGGGGGUCUAGGGGGCGUUCUAAUCUCUCCUUUGGGUUCGGUUGUUAGUUGGUUUGGACUGCCCUUAAGCGAGAGCGAUAUUCGCCCUUUGACUCCAGUGGAUGCCAUCACGGGUAUCGGCGAGCUGGAAACUGUUGCAGUGGUGGUGGCCUUCAUGCUUUGGAGCCAGCACCUCGCGUCUUCAGAUGGCAUACCUUGA